UAAAACAAUUGAUGGAAUAUUUCACUCUGCUUAAACGGUGUUCGAGGGACGGACAUUGAGACGAGAAUUGAUACACACUGAAUAGUGCGCCUUUUAAAAAGUUAUAGAUCAACAUCUAAAGCUUCAGGUUUAGUUGCCAGGAAGACGUCAGAAAAAGUGUCUUUUAAGGGAAAAGCGGAGUUUGAGGAUGGAAUCACAUGAGAAGGUGGUCGAGGUCCUGGGCGGAAGCCGCGACCUUGACCAUGGACAAAUAGAAAUGCAAAACACCAGGGUAAACGGUUCAAGAACUUCAAAGCCACAGCUCAAAGAUCUUGACGACUUGUUCCCGUAUAUCGGAGAAUUUGGCUGGUACCAACGGAUUCUGUUCCUCCUCAUGAUACCCUACUCUUUCUUCUUCGCGUUCGUCUACUUCUCUCAGAUAUUCAUGACCAUUGUGCCAGAGGAACACUGGUGCUUUGUCCCUGAACUGGCCAACCUGACUGUGGAAGAGAGGCGCUAUCUCUCGAUCCCAAUGAAAGAUAAUAGUAAAUAUGAAAAGUGCCACGUAUACGACGUGGAUUGGUCGAAGGUGUUAGACACGGGGGUCCUAACACCGGAUUCUAAUUGGCCAGUGAAGAAAUGUGAGCAACAAUGGGAAUAUAACUAUACUGAUGUCCCCUAUGAGACGAUCGCAAGUCAGCUGGAUUGGGUGUGUGACAGAGACAACUAUGCCGCAACUGCCCAAUCAGUUUUCUUUUGUGGGUCCAUCAUCGGAGGGCUAAUAUUUGGAUGGGUGGCUGAUAAAUUUGGGCGAGUUCCAGCUAUACUGGGUACGAACAUGGCUGGUUUCUUGGCGGGGGUCGGAACUGCGUUUGCGAACAGCUUCUGGUCUUUCUGCCUCUGCAGAUUCCUCGUGGGCCUGGCCUAUGACAAUUGUUUUAUGGUCAUGUACAUAGUCGUGGUCGAAUACGUUGGUCCAAAAUGGCGUACCUUCGUUGCCAACAUGUCUAUAGCAGUUUACUUUACAUUCGCUGCAUGUCUUCUACCGUGGAUAGCGCUGGCCGUGGCUGACUGGAAGAUGUACACGCUGAUAACCAGCGUGCCAUUGGUGCUGGCUAUUUUCACGCCAUGCGUAGUUCCUGAAAGCGCUAGAUGGCUUAUAUCCCAGGGACGUAUAGACGAGGCUCUUAAGAUAUUGAAGAAAUUUGAAAGAAUAAACAAGAAGAAAAUACCUGAUGAAAUAUUUAAAGAAUUUAAGGACACCGCCACAAAAAUAGCAAAAGCCGAAGAAGAGAUCAGGAAUUAUUCUUUUUUGGAUCUCUUCAAGACCCCUCGCCUGCGGCGUCACAGUCUUCUUUUGUUGGUCAUCUGGAUGUCGAUAGCCAUGGUCUUCGACGGUCACGUCAGGAAUGUCGGUUCUCUGGGCUUGGAUAUCUUCCUGACAUUCACAGUCGCUACCGCCACAGAGUUUCCCGCUGACGUUCUGCUGACUUUGACCCUGGAUAUUGUCGGUCGUAGAUGGCUCGCUUUCGGAUCCAUGUUGUUAAGUGGUAUAUUCAGUUUCCUCGCGACAACGGUGCCUCAUGGUGUACCAUCAGCAACAUUGGCUAUAAUCGGUCGCUUUGCUGUGAACAUAUCCUUCAACAUCGGCAUGCAGUACGCGGCGGAGUUAUUACCAACUGUGGUGAGGGCCCAGGGUCUGGCACUGAUACACAUCACGGGUUACGUGGCUACAAUACUUGUGCCAUACAUCGUGUAUUUGGCAACAAUAUCUCCUAUCAUUCCUCUUCUAAUCCUUGGAACCAUCGGAAUCUUCGGUGGCUGUCUCUGCCUCUGUCUCCCAGAGUCCCUGGGCAAGGAUAUGCCGCAGACUUUGCAGGACGGAGAAAAUUAUGGAAAGGAGCAGAAAUUCUGGGACUUCCCCUGUUUUAAGAGGAAAAACCAGGUUCCAGUGGAAAACAGAUACUGAAAUCGAAUAAAUCG